UGCUGCAACUGCAACCGGAUGCACUCCAGCUUGUCCUCCAACAUGGCAACCAGGUGGGGGAUCUGCAGCGCGGGGAAGAUCAGUCACGACUUCACGGUCGCCCUAAAGUCGCUACCGCCUGAACACCACCAGGUUGUGGCAGUGGCUGCUCGAAACUUGGAGCACGCGGAGGAGUUUGGCAAAAAGCACAGCAUCCCUGCACGAUACGGCAGCUACGAGGAACUGGCCCAAGAUCCAAACAUUGAUGUCGUGUACAUCGGUGUGAUCCACCCCUGCCACCUGAAAACCUGCUUGCUCUUCAUGGAUGCCCAAAAAAAUAUUUUAUGUGAGAAGCCUCUGGCCAUGAACGCCAAGGAGGUGAAGGAGAUCCUGGGGUCGGCCAAGAGGAAUGAUGUCUUUCUCAUGGAGGCUGUGUGGAGUCGAUUCUUCCCGGCCUCGGUGGAGAUCCGGCGGCUGCUGGUUCAGGGAGAAGUGGGUGAGGUGAAAAUGGUGAGGGCCGAGUUCGGCUGGCCCCUCAUGAAUGUGCCGAGAUCAGUGGACAAGGAGCUGGGUGCGGGAACCACGCUGGAUCUCGGCAUCUACCCGCUGCAGUUCGCCAUCAUGGUGUAUGGUGGAGAGAAGCCCCAAAGCAUCAAGGCCAUGGGCGUCUGUACAGAAACUGGAGUGGACGAGACAGUGGCGAUCACUCUCAAGUUCUCCAAAGGCCGCAUGGCCGUGAUCACCAGCUCCUCGGGACUGGAGCUCGACAACGACGCGGUCAUCGUAGGCACCAAGGGGAAAAUCAAGAUCCCCGCUCACAUGUGGUGCCCCACCUCCCUGGUCGUCAACGGGAAGGAGAGCCAGUAUCCUGUACCGGAACCCUACUUGCCCCUCAACUUCCUCAACAGUACGGGAUUGCGCUAUGAAGCGGAGGCAGUGCGACAGUGUUUGCUCAAAGGGCUGAAGGAGAGUUCGGUGAUGUCCCACGCUGACUCCCUUCUUCUGGCCGAAGUGGAGGACGAGGUGCGUAGGCAAGUGGGCGUGAUCUACACCCAAGACUCAAAACUUGUAAUCCGUUGAUCUCGGAUCCGGGAACACAAACAGACACUCGCGAUGGCAACCAGGUGGGGAAUCUGCAGCGCUGGCAAGAUCAGCCACGACUUCAUGGUGGCCCUGAAAACACUUCCACCUGAAGA